UCCCAAGUCAUUACAAUCAAAACCCUAACAUCAGGAACUAGGGUUCUUCAUACCCAAGUGAGAGAGAGGUUCUACUCCAUAGAGAGAGAAAGGAAAACAGAAAUCAGAGUAGUCAUACUCAUAAAGAUGAGGAAAAUCUGCUCUGGGAUGUCAAUCUUCACUCCUAGGGACGCAAUCCGGGCUUCAAUGAUGAGAAAUCCACUCCAAGAUAGCUCCUAGGGUUUGUUCUUCGCUCUUUCUCUCUCUAAAACUCUGUUUUUGCCCAGAAAAUCCGAUUCCCUCUCUUUGGCUCGAAUCUGCCUUCAAAAGG